AUGCUAAGUGGGUAUCUGGGAUGGAUUCCCCUCCUUUUCGAAGGCUUCGCCGACUACUACAUCCCACCGAUCCAACCGCAAGACCGUCUCCGACCCAUCAACCAGCCCUGGGGCUCAAUUAUCACGGGGCUUUUCACACGCGCGGAUGUCAAGCAGGAAUUACCGGCGGAUGUGCACAAGUGUCUCUACGCCAAAGCCAACGAUGCCACCGAGGUCAAAUACAUGAACAACGGUACCAGCGUCGGUGCUGUCUACAGCGACCUCGUCGUCGUCAUCAACCACACUCCCGAAAACCCCGAAACCGACAAACUCCUCACUUUCACCCUCUGCAGACGGAAUGACUUCCUCUGGAACGCGCACACCCUCGAACCCUUGCCCGGCGAUCGUCUCGCCGUCGGCACAACCCGCCAACACCCCUGGGACGGUAUCCUUGUCUACAAUGCCAGCGCCGCCAACCCUCUCAUGGCCAAUCCGCCAAUUUUGCAAAACAUCACCGGCCUGCGCGCUAUCCACGGCUUGAUCUGGGACGAACAGGGCCAGAUGCUGUGGGCAGCUGGAACGGAUGCCGCCGCGGAUGGUACCGACCCGGUCCCUGCAUACGGGACGAUUAUUGGAUAUCCUUGGAAUAACGAUACGGGUCUGCUGCAGAAGGAUGAUCGCUACAUCUAUAAACUGGACGAAUACUACGAUAUUUUCACCGAAUGGGGUGCCGGAUAUCCCUGGUGGGCUGGGUUGCAUGACCUGGUACCUGUCCCUAAUGAACGGAAGUUCCUGGUGUCUGAAGAUCGCGGGCUUCAUGCGUUCGAUAUCGAAACUGGCACGUUCACGGAGCACUAUGAAAACGUCACGGAGAAAUACAUGAAAGGAUUCGAGUGUACGACCGAUGAUCGUCAUGGUUAUAAUAAAGCCGGGGAGUAUGAGGAGCUGCCGCAGUCGGAUUUGAAGAGUUUCAAUCUUGCUCCCGAUGGCAGUUUCAUCUACGUGCAGUCCUUGUGGACUAAGUUCCGUGGUUUCCAUACCAGUCUGGUUGAAAAUGGCAAACGGCGGAAGAUCAAUAUUGGUGAUGAAAUCUACCGGUCGCGGUGGUUUGGGAAUAUUGAUGGAUGGCCUAAGCCAUAA